AGCACCAGCACCAGCACCGCAUCGCUCACUUCGCUAACUAGCGGCCAGGCGUGCUGACAGCCGUCUCGAAGCCCACUCCUACGCCUACGGCCGCGCCCACGCCCACGCCAACCGCAGUCUCUUCCCCCGUCUGCGUCUUCUUCCUUCCUUCUUGCAUUGAUUACACCCCUCUAGGCCUUAUGAGUUCUAUGAACUCCCGGUUUAAAGGCCUUGGAUUCGGCUCCAAACGCAAAUCGAGCGCCAACGUCCCUACCAUCGCACAAAACCCCACCACCUCCACGCCACAGCUUGCUGGUAGACCGACACCCUCAACAGCCUCGUCGUCCACGACAAGUCUUCCCAUGAAUCACCCAGGGCCUGGUGGGCGACCACCGAGCUAUACCAACAACUACUCUCCUGCGCCAGCAUCCGUCGGCCGUACCCAAAGUCCCAUGGCUGGCACUCCUCGCACACCGCCGAGCCAGGUAAUGGGCGGACCCCCUCCGAUCAACACAGCUGCUUCAGGAUAUCCUCCUGGACACCCCGCUGGUGGAAUGGGUGCGCCGCCUCCAGCAGGCGGACCACCGCAAUACGGGCCACCACAAUAUGGAGCUCCCGUUCCUCCUGGAGGCGGGAGUGUUGCUGCAGCACAAUAUGCAAACAGAAACAAUGCCGUCGAAGUCGAGGGAGCUGGACGAAGCAAAGCACAACUCAUUGUCGGCAUCGACUUUGGAACUACUUUCUCCGGUGUCGCUUUCGCCUUCGCAACCAAUACUGAAGCAAAGGAAGAUAUCAUCACAGAAUGGCCAGGCGCAGGAUCAUAUACGAAGCAAAAGAUUCCGACGGUGCUGUACUACGAUCAAUACCAGAAGGUUGUUGGUUGGGGACCUGAUAUCGCCGAUGCUUUAGCACCAACUGGCUACCCAAAGCCCGGUGUGCAAAAGGUCGAGUGGUUCAAGCUUCAGCUGAUGCUUUCUGGUAACACAUACAUCGACCCUAUCAAUCUUCCCCCGCUCCCUCCCGGAAAGUCGGAAAUCGACGUCGCGGCUGACUAUCUGUUCAAGCUUCGACAAGCAAUGCGAAGUCAGUUGCAAAAGACAUUGGGUGAGGUCUUCAACAGAGAGGAGCGGAAUAUCAGAUACUACCUCACUGUACCUGCCAUCUGGAACGACGCUGGGAAGGCUGCGACAAGAGCUGCUGCAAUCCAAGCUGGUUUCUUACGUGAUGAGAACGACAACCGACUAACGCUCAUCACUGAGCCAGAAGCCGCCGCCUUGUUCUGUUCAAAGGCUGGUCUGCUGAAUCUCAAGGUUCACGAUGCUGUAUUGAUUGUUGAUUGUGGUGGCGGAACCGUUGAUUUGAUUGCUUACGAAGUUGAAGAGGAGUCUCCGUUCACAGUGUCUGAGUGUACAGCAGGGUCUGGUGAUUCUUGUGGAUCAACAGCCCUGAACCGAAAUUUCAGCAACAUCUUAAGAACGAAGAUCCGAAAGAUGAAGCUGCCAGAUGGAUCUAAGACUGCCGGAAGAGUGUACGCAAAGUGCAUCAUGGAUUUCGAGAACAGAAUCAAGGCCGAUUUCCGCAACAACAACCAGAAGUGGGCUGUCGAUGUCGGUAUCGAGGCAGAAUUCCCUGAAGCUGGUAUCGAAGAAGGAUAUAUGACUUUCACGAAUGAGGAAAUCCUUCAAUGCUUCGAGCCAGUGGUCAACCGAAUUUUGGAGUUGGUCCGAAACCAGAUCAUUGCUAUCCAAGCACAGAACCGAACACUCCAAAAUGUCCUGGUUGUUGGUGGCUUUGGUGCUUCCGAGUACCUGUUCCAACAAAUCAAGCUUCACGUACCUCCUCAAUUCCAGGCAAAGGUUGUCAGACCUAUGGACUCCGUCGCUGCCAUCGUUAAGGGUGCUGUCACUGCCGGUAUCACAGAGCGAGUCGUCACCUCUCGUGUCGCUCGCCGUCAUUAUCUGAUGGCCACCUUACAGCCUUUCAAGGAGGGCCACCACCCCGAAGCCUACCGUGUGCCAUCGCUGGAUGGUAAGGAUCGAUGCAAGUUCACUCGACAAAUCUUCGUGCAGAAGGGCCAAAGAGUGAAGAUUGGUGAGCCAGUGAAGGUCUCCUUCUUCCGACAAGUCGCUCCAGGUGCCACCCUCAUGUAUGAGGAUAUCUUAUAUGCUUGUGACGACGAUGUCUGCCCUGAGUAUACCAAGGAUCCUCGAGUCAAGGAAGUUGUCACACUCACCUCAGAUCUUUCCCGGAAGAACCUCGAGAAGGAUUUCGAGAGAAUGGAUACCCCACAAGGAACCUUUUACCGUGUAUAUUUUGACAUCUAUCUCACACUUGACGGAUCCGAAUUCAACGCCGAGUUGGUGUGCCAGGGUGAAGUGAUGGGCCGCUGCACUUCAAGAUUCAAGUGAUUGGGCGCCAAAAAACGAUGGAGUAGACGAAUUUCUUUUCUUCCAAGACCAACAGGAUAUCCAAGAUAGUGGCAGCUAUAAGGAUGCCAGUUUUGAGCAGCAGACGUUCAGUCUUUCAGACGAGGCGAUACGGAUGCGAACAGGCGAGGAUCUGAACAGAAAGUUGAUGCGUGAAGAUGAUGGAUGGCGCAGUUAACAUGUUGUUCUGGGAAUAAAUAGUAUAAUCGAUCGGGUUGGUUCAUAGUUUAG